AUGAAAAAUUCAGUUUGCGGAGAAAUAGUCGGAGAAAACGAAGUUACCAAUGUUCAGGACUAUUUGGCAGAAAAGGUUGCUAUUGAACAUAGUUAUUCUUUGGAAAUGAUGGGGAAAUACUAUGAUUGCUAUGCAACCCUGACUAAAGUCAAAGCAAAUCAUUUACCCGAACAGAUAAACAAAUCAUUGCGCGAAUUGCCCAAAAAAUCCGAAGGGACCAGAGAGCCACCGAAGAGAAAAGUUUGGAAGAUUGCUAGAUACGAUGUAGGAUCAUUUAAAGAAAACUCUACGGCUCUCGGUUGUGCUACCCAAAUGUUCAAAGAUAACAUGAAAUGUUCAGUAAGCGUAAAUGGUUUGCCAGAUUCGCUUCUUUACCAAAUCACAGGAAAUGAACGACAUGAUGUACGUUAUUGGCUUUUGGCGCACAAAUAUUAUGGCCUUAAUAAACUAGCGAAUGCGAUUCAUUUCCUGAAAAAGAUAUCUCACACGAAUUGUCGAAUUCUUUCCGAAUUGGGAAAAUUUAAUUACGAUCUUGGGAGGCGUGAUUUGGCUAGAGAGAACUUACUAGCUGCAUUCAAUGCCAAUGAUCGUUGGAUUGAUCGAAUGGAUUUGUUGGCAUCUUUGUUGGACGAUCGCAAAUAUGUGUCGGAAUUGCAACGACUCAGCGACAGACUUUUGAAAUUUUAUCCAGAUCGCCCUGAAACAAUAAUUGCAAUGGGAUAUAUGUCAAAAUAUAUUCAAGAUUUGGAUACGCAUUCAACUCUUCAGUUAGCUUCACGCGCAUUAUCGAUAGCUGAGCCUGGUUCAGAUCAAUACGGACAGGCCAUUAUUUUCCGUGUGAAAUGCCUUAGAAAACAAGGAAGAUAUGUGGAAUCUGUUGAUUAUCUGCGUGAAGCUAUCAAAGCAGACUCAAGAAAUCCUGAUUUUCAUGCAAUGCUUGCUGAUUUACUUCUCAGUAAUGACGAAUUCCGCGAAGCGAAAACUGUGGUUAACAACUUUUGUCAUAUUCACCCGACCGAUGUAAAUGCAAAACUUCUAAAAAUUCAUGUAUAUAUCAAUGUGAUAAAUCGAAACAAAGAUGUUGUUUCUUCAGUGGAUGUUGUCAAGAUGAUGGACGAUGUUCUAACUGCGCAUCCAUGUUUUGUCGAGUCUAUUAUAAAUCUGCUUCAAGAGUAUUUUAUAUCUAAUGAUCCUUCGAAAUGCGAAAGGAUCAUGGAAAAAGUGAAACAGAAUCGACAUUUUGUUACACACAAUAAGAUCGCUCAAUACCACAACUUAUUCGCAGUGUUCGAAGCAAAAACUCACCGGCCUGUGCAUGCUUAUAACCAUAUGACCCGAGCCUUAACUCUUGGAGCUCAAAUUGAUUCUACUCAGAUUAAUGCGUUAGACAAUGAGAUGAGAAAUUAUGGGCAACCCAGCUUUGAUAUUGAAAACAGUAUAACUCCUGAGGAAUUGGAAAAAUUCAAGCCGGGACCUUCUGGGGAAUCGCCAUAUCAUUUUAGAUCACGAGGCACAACACCGAAACCAAAGAAUGGUUGGGCAUCGUUAGAAAUUCAAUGUGUAGAUCUGGAAAAUGACAAUGACGACUACGACGAUGUGGUUCAAGAGAUUGAAGAAAUCGACGAACAUGAAACCGACGACGUCAUCGCUGUCCUUCAUACUGAUGAGCCGUUCAUCUUUCGAGGAAUUGUCGCCGUUAGAAACUAUACUCUUCCUGUUGUCUCGAAUCCCGACGUCGACGAAAUUUUUUAUGACGUAGUGAGCAUUGAAGAUCUUUCAUUACAUGAUCUCGAUAGCGGCGAGAAUCUAAUUUUACGCCGUUACCGGGAACAUGGCUCUGAUUUUUUCACCGUAGAAAUCCUUCAGAAUGUCGCGCCAGACACAAGCAGCUAG